GACGACGCACUUACCUUACUCCACUAGAACGGACGUCCUCGGACAUUCACGGACAUUCACGGACCUACACGGACGUACAGAAAAGGAAUCGGAACAGAAUCGCCAACUUGAUCCUUGAUCCUGCCCUCAUUCCUCAACUCAGUAAUGAGCGGGUAUGGUGAAUGAAAUCUGUCGACCCAUUUCCAUCGUCCUCACUUGGAUCGAAUCAGGGGGUCAGUCCCUGGGGUGGGCGUGUUGAGAAACCCAGAGAAAUACUUACUUGUGGUGGGUCAUUCGUUGCCGACGUCUUGUUCAAAUCUGUGCCCGUGCCGCCUGCCGCAUGAUGGCUGAUCAACACGGGACCCAUCCUGCUCAGGCGUUGGUCCCGGCCCCGGGUACAACCUCCGCCUCGUCUUUGGGCUCAGCCUGGUCGGCUUCGUCGUUGUCGCCCGCCCUGGGCAGUUCGUUGCGCGAACUGUCCUCAGCCUUCGGCUUGACCUACACGAUUCACUCGUGCUCAUCGUUCUCCUCCACAUAUGUGCCCGAGCAUAUUUUGAUCGACGAUCCCAAGGACCAGGCCAGUCGUUGGUCUUCAGACUCGAAUUGUCCACCGCAGUUCAUCAUGUUGCGUCUGAGUCGACCUUCGGUGGUAAGCGCCAUUACCUUUGGCAAGUUUGACAAGACACACGUGUGUAACCUCAAGCGGUUCAAGAUUUGGGUGGGGCACGAGCCCGAUCGGCUCAUUGAGGUGCUCGACAGCGGGCUGAUAAACGAUACCACCAAAGAGACUUUUCGCUUGAGGCACGUCAUUCACGGUCAUUUCUUUCCGGCACAAUAUGUCAAGAUUGUCCCCCUCCAAUCCUGGGGACCGAGUUUCAACUUUUCCAUCUGGUUUGUGGCGCUAAGGGGGAGUGACGCAGAAGACAUUGUCCAGCCCGCCCUCCGCUGGCAUCAAGAGUUUAGGGAACGAGAAGCUGUCCGGUUGUGCAUGAAACAUUUUCGCGAGAGGAAUUUCACCGAAGUGUUCGAGUCUCUGGAGAAAAAGACGAAAAUCCAAUUGGAGCACCCACUUCUUUCGGCCAUUCACAAAUGCUUGGUGAUCAAAGGUGACUUCGAGGAGACCGAGACCAUGAUCGGUCAAGCUGUGCACGAUGGGCUUUUUGACCAAUGGAUCGAUUUGCAAUUGCCCACGCCAAAAUGGAAGGCAUUGAUCUUACCAGAUGAUGUCCCUAAAGAUAACGUGGUAAACGGAUCCAGCCAAACCCCCGAAAAUACUCCGGGUCAAGUAUCGCCCAACGAUGAUAGUCCAGAAGAUCAGGAACGUCGAUUUCCCGUCGUGGCUCAGCCCAAUCCAAAUGAGGAGGCCCCAGCGAUUCCCAACCAAGAGGCGGAUCGCUCUGCCUCUUCUGAUCAGGCAUCCACGAGGCCUUUGCACAAUCAAUCCAAUCAAACAACUUCGCCGGAAUUUCGAAACCUAAACUCCUUGGGUCCUAACCGGCCUAGUUGUCGAGGAGGACAUCAAAUGGUGAUAGACGUUUCCACUCAGACCAUUUACAUGUUUGGCGGAUGGGAUGGGAACCGAGAUUUGAACGAUUUUUGGACGUACAAUAUCGCCACCAAUAAAUGGACUCUUUUGUCCAUCAACACUGCAAUGGAAGGGGGUCCUGAUCCACGCUCCUGCCACAAGAUGGUCUUGGAUACCACCUAUAAGCUCUUAUUUCUGCUCGGCCGCUAUUUGGACCGCGGCUUGCGAGAUGCCACGUCCAACGUGAAGAGUGAUUUUUUCAUGUACGACAUUGCCACUUCUCGAUGGACUCUCAUCACGGACGAUACUUCAGCCCACGGGGGCCCUAGUCUGAUAUUUGAUCAUCAAAUGUGCUUCGACCAGAAGCUCAGGACAAUCUACGUGUUUGGAGGAUCCAUAGUACAACUGACCGAAGGUGCUCCCUUACCGAGUGAUAAACGCUGCUCCGGUCUGUAUGAGUACCAUGUUCCCACAAACACGUGGCACAAGCGGAGAGACGACUCGCAAAAUCCCAAUGCAAUGGACAACCAAUUAAGAGCACGAUCUAGUCACUCCAUGCUCUUUCACGAGGGCCUUCGAAAGCUUUUCGUCUUCGGUGGCCAUCGACGCCGCUAUGAUCAUCUCAAUGAUUUCUUCUCCUACUCUGUUGACACUGAUCAAGUGGAGAUCAUCUCGUCCAUGGGCAGCCUCGUCCAUUCGACUUUCCCGUCCGUUGGUCACACUCAAAGAGCAACCAUCGACUGCCAAAGAAACGAGAUUCACGUGAUGACGGGCUUGAAUAAGGACAAGGAUCCAACGGAGCGGCAAGGGGAUGGGAAAGUGAGCAAUUCAUUCUGGGUCUACAGCAUACCGUUCAAUUCGUGGACAUGCUUCUACAAGAACGAAAGCGUGUGUUCGGAAUAUUGGAGUCGAAUGCAGAACGCUCAGCCUCGCCCACGCUACGCCCAUCAGCUCGUUUACGACGAUGUGAACAAGAUUCACUACAUGUUUGGCGGCAAUCCGGGGGGUAAACAAGGAAAAGAACACAAAUUGCGCCUUGGCGAUUUCUGGAGUUUAUCGCUGCUUCGCCCGACCCGAGAUCAGAUCCAACGUGUUUGUCAAUUAGCCAUACGUCGAGUCCAUUUCGAUGAGCUAGUGCACGUGAACAAGAUGGCUGCUCUGAAAUAUCUCCAAGGACCCGUUUCCGACGUCGUCGACCAUUCCGAUCCUCAGGAAGAGGCAGAGAUGAGACUAUUGGCGUCUCAAUUGUUCCUGGCCAACCACCCGUCAGAGAGGCCCACCACCGAUUCAUCAUCCCACACCCGAUCUCACAAAGGUCGUUGCGAGUUGUUCGAAAAGCUGUCAAAGUACUUCCCUGAAGACAUGACGCAUCCUCGGAUUAAUCUGUUAGAUUUGAUCCCAUAUCCCAUGGAAUAUGAGUGAUGGAAAAGAGAGUAGCUUGGAAUCGACAACCAAUCAAAAUUCGACGGUCCUCCUCAUUUAUGUCAUUCAAUCAAUUUUCAAAUGGGAUGAAAACCAAAACGCGCUUA